AAGAGACAAUAAUCAAUGUCUAUAUCUACUGAAGAUUUAUCAAUUGCUAAUACAUACGUACAGAAUUUUAUAAAUAUAACGGACUCUCUAUCCAAUGAUAUUCAAAAGAACAUUAGUGAAAUAUUUGAAUAUGAUUCCAAGUUUAAUGAUUUAAUAGAGAAUAUUAAAGAAGAAAAAGAAAAGAAUGAAAAUGAUGAAUUAGUUGUUACUAAAAAAAGUUAUGAUAAGCUUGAAAAGCUAUUUGACAAAUUGCAAGAUAUUGGUGAUGAAAAAUUGAAACUCUCUUCUAGUAUAUUUGAAAUUAUUGACGCAAAUGUAAAACUUUUAAAUAACGACAGAAAAGCUAUAGAAAUGAAUGAAUCACUCAAGAACAUAUUUUUCAAUUUGCCAACUGACCAAAUAAAACUGCCUCAAAUUAUAAAUCAACCCACCAAAUCUCAUAUAUUAUAUAAAAAAAUGAACUCAUCACCUUAUAAUCCUUAUUACACUAAUACUUUUUCAUCAGCUAACAAUACCCCUAUGUAUAGCAUUUGUAGCCCUAUGACAGAUUUAGAUGAUAUUAAUUCACAUAAAAGCAUCAGCAAUUCCCCCUAUUAUUCUCCUACUCAAAAUAUAAUUGCCAACAAUUCCAUACAAAACUUACCAUACUAUUAUUAUGGACAUCUGAAUAACAAAUUUUAUAAUGAUCCAGAAUAUUUUUCUGCUAAAAACUUAUCAUACAAGCAUUCAAAUUUACAUUUUCUUGAUAGUAGCCUGAAUAAUUCUCAUAUUGAUGAAAAAAAUAAAAUUAAGAUUGAUGAAUUAACUACCAAUGGUAGAUCUAAGAGACAUAGGAGAAUUAAAGGGGUCAGCUCUAGCCGAAGUCAAAUAGAUUCUCAUUACAUUUAUGGGGAUAGUCAAAGAUUUCAAUUGCUCACAAACCAAAACUUUAAGGAUCUUAAUAGUUAUAAAGAUUAUGAAUAUUCAGAUAAUGAAGAUCAAAAUGAGCUACCAAAUAUUAAAUCCAAGAAUAUUGGCCUUAGUUACGAAAAUGACAUUGAUGAUCCUUCAAAAAAUUCCUCCUUUUACACUAAAAAAUAUAAAAAGCAUCAAUCAAACCAAGAAGAUAACAUGAAUCGAAUAGAUGCAAUAAAAGCAAAGAGAAAGAAAAAGAAGAGAAAGGAAUUAUUGGAGGAAAAAUCCCUAACCUUCAAUGGCAAAAGCCCAAAUAUAUAUGCCCAGAGCUAUGGCAAACCUUACAACACUUCUUAUUCCACCAAGCAUCCAAUCGAAAGAGACCCAACUACGGAAAACAAUAUGGAAGUUAAUAAGGAUUUCCAGGAUAAUAUCAGAAGCGUCGCUUUAUCGAAUUCGAAACUUAGCAAUUCCCUUCCAGCCUCGUACUCAAGGAACAAGAAAUCGCCUCGUCCUAUUUACACCAAUUCGUCCACAUCUACUAUCCCACUUUUAAACACCAGUUCUAGCAAAUUAAACACUUCUAUUAGCAGCGAAUAUAAAAAUAGCACUAAAAAUUGUGGUAGCACACCAAAUUCUACGAACAUGAAGAACAAAUUUGACGCGCUCAAGAAAAGGCUCUACUUGCUCAAUAAUUCAAAGACCCUUUCCUCUCCUCGUAACAAUAAUAACAAGCCCGCCAGUGACCGGACCCGUUACGCCAAACGGUUUUCCAAGAGAGCCGAGCACGAGAGUGCGCCACAACCUCUCUCCGAAAAUAAUUUGGCGCCAGAUUUAGAGAUCGCCGCUGUUCAUUCCGAACAUAGCGAGCACGAUGACGAUUUAGAUUCCUCUUCCGGCUCUAGAUCACUCGCGUCGGAUGAAAAUUCUAAGCGCAAGAAAAAACGCGCCAAAAGACGUUUUUGCGCUAAAAAGUCUCGAGAGGAGUUGAACGUUGCCUUACGUAGGAACAAUCGGGAAAGCGAAGAGGAUGCAGAUUGCAAAGAAGAAAUCACCGAAAGAAGACAAGAAAAUUCGGUCAGAGAGAAGAACGCGAAAGAAGAGAACGAAGAAGAUGAGGAGAAUGAGGAAGACGAUGACAACGAAGAAGAAACUUAUUUUUUAGGCAAGCCCGUCGAUCCCGACGAGCCCAUAUAUUGUUUAUGCCAAAGGGUCAGCUACGGAGAAAUGAUUGGUUGCGACAACCCAGCUUGUGUCAUUGAAUGGUUUCACUUCGAAUGCGUUUCCCUUACACACAAACCUAAGGGGAAAUGGUUCUGCCCCAGGUGUAGGAAAGAUGGCGUUGGUAAAAUAUCAAAAUUUACUUGAGUCCUCGUGGUUAGCGAAAAAUCCAUAUUUGGAUCUCACAAGUCAUGAAAUUAAUUCAUGGUAAACUAAUAAAAAAAAAUUCACAGAGCGAACAUAUUUUGUUAAUUCCCGAUUCGAUUUUUAAAAUUUUUAAAGAAAUAUUAUUUCUAUAAUUAAGUCUGUCCAAAGUCAAACAUUUUUUCCUUAAAAAAUAUAUAUUAAUUCAUUAAUAAUUGAUGCCUAGUAUUUAUAUAAAUAUUUAUA